AUGAAGUCAUUCGUUCAAGCUUUAUUAUUCACCACGGCCACCUGCGCCACCCUGCAACCUAGACAGUCCAACAGCGGUUGCUGUUUCCAGCUCACUUCGGUGGGAACGGUCAACGAGACUGUUCUAGAGGACCAUGUCGGUGAUUUAACCCUAGGCGGUAGUUUUCAACAAGGCGGGUUUUGUCUAGACAAGACGAGCAAGACCAUACAAGAUGGUCUGAAACAUUAUUGCUUCAUGAGAGCACCAGACUACCAGUUCGAGUGUUACCAAGGCGCCCUUGGUACCACUGCAUUCAAUGUUGCAUCUCCACAACCGGAUGGCAAGAUGUACCUAAACUAUAACAAUGGUUCUGGUACUUUUUAUGCUUGUCCGAUUGGUUUUGGCUCCGAGAAAACGUACGACAUCUACUCCACAGAAAAACCUGAUAAGGCCGGCUGUGUGUCGGUAGCAUUAGCACUCACAGGCGAAACCCCAGAGUGUUCUGCCGGCAACACCACUCUCACAACACGAUCCACAACCGUACAACCAACUCGAUCAUUACGACGUGAUUCUUCACUUCAAGCAUGCUCCAUUUCGCCGUCAGCGCCGUCACUUGCCCCCAGUGGAAUAAGACCUGGCAAUUCAUCUGACCCCAAUGGAGUAAAUGAGACCUCGGCAGAAGUCAUUAUCUCUCCGGAUAGCAGCCCAAUCUUCGAUUUCACUGUUCCUGAUGAUAUGGCCCGCUCGGCUUUCUCAGACUCUUCAUUGUGUGCCCUUCAAUUCCGUAUGCCAGUCUGCAACUCUCUUCCUGAAGGUUAUCCCUGCUACAGCUUCAGUGGAUUGGAACAAGAGGUUGUAUCAAACUCUGGUAUGACGUUCAGUCUUGUAUCGGGGGUUGGAGAAGCAUCAUGGAAUAACACAGAACUGCAUCAAAUAUUCCCUGGUGAUAACACCACCAUUGGGACAUUCGAAUGUGGUAAGAUAACCGGCGGCGAUCGAAAAUUAAGCUGGCAGGUCAACAGCGUCAGGGAUUUUUCUCUGAUUUUCCUACAAGCUGGAAUCGGCGAAGACGCGCAGUUCCAAGAUGGAAUAGGAGCUUGGGUUGUGCCUUGCCAAUAA